GCAUCGGCAAGGCGUAUGCUCUCGCAUCUCCCGGGGGUAAGGCCGGCAAGCUGCCAGGUGACGUUGUUGAGACCUACGAGCACGGCGCACGUCAUGGCGAGCGCACCGACGAUGGCUCUGAUGACGCUGAUGUCCAGGCGUGAAAGAGGAACGCGUCGUCCGGCGACUCCGCCACUUCCAUUGUCACACCCAUCGACGAACUCCAUCGCGAAGCGGUAAUAGUGCACAUGCAACUUCUUUGGCUAGGUUAUGUGCGGCUCGACUUCUUCCGACGCCGUAGGGAUGUGCAAACCGAUGUUGGCGAAGUAAAGAAUGAUGGCUGCCGCGUCCGAUCCAGGAAUGGCUUUCCCUGCGGUCCAGCGGACCCAGUAGCUAUUCAGUGUAGGGUGGUGGGUGAGCAGAGCCUUUCAAAAAGUUCUGAUGAGGGCCAGAGUGCGACGCCACCAAAGGCCCAUGCCGGACCGCGCAUCAGUUGGAACGCACCGUUAAAACAGUACUGCAGCAUCAUGUCACACUCUGGAUUAAGGAGCAAGCGUGCCGAGACCGGGAUCCUAUGGUUUUCGCCCAAGAUCUUGUUGUGACUCUGCGCCAAGUGAUCCGUAUCGCGGAAGCUUUACGCAUCGAAGCCAGUU